UUGUGAGAGAUGUGUUUAAGUAGUCACUCAUUGUCCCUGUUCACAUUUGAGAUCUGACAAUCAUUUGGCAUCACACACAAUGUCUGAUACAGGGCUUCCCAGUGGCGGUUCGAUUUUUACCAGCUUGCCUGAUGUUCUCUUCAUCCCAGAGUUUGUGUUUGGUGGAUUGGUGUGGACCCUGAUAGCUUCGACAAGUGUGACAGCAGCAAAUCCUCUGGGAUGGAUCAUGUUUGUGUCCAUAUUUUGCUUUUUCAUGACCACCCUUUGGUUCUUUAUAUUCCUCACUGGAAAAAACAAGAGCAGCAUCUGGCCUAAUCUGGAUGUUGGAUAUCAUGCCACUGCUGCAUUGUUUUAUCUAAGUGCAUCUGUGCUUCUGGCUUAUGUCACUACCCAGCUGAAAGCACAAUCUUCUUCAUCUGUUGAAUUUUUUAGGAUAUACCAGUUAUUCAUUGCCGCCGUGGUGAUGGCCUUCUUUACCACAUUUCUGUACUGCAUUCAUGCAAUUCUUUCUGCUUUCCGACGGAUGUCGUCCUAAAACUAUAAAGCCAUAGAAAAGAAACACAUUUUCUAGAGAACAUCGUUGGAAUGCCCCAGAUGAACCAAACAGCGAACCAAACAUAUGACAGCAAACCCUGCCAAACACAACCUCAUCCAAACUACGCUGUACCAGCCGGAUACCAGGGACGACCCACCAUCCAAACUAAACAACCAACCAACCCCAAACAACUCGAUAGGAUAUAGGGGACCGAUCUUUACCAUAACCAUUGAACCAGCAGAAUAUAAGGAAUAAACCUUAACUAAGCACCCACUGUAUAUUAUGUGCUCAGCAAAAAACUAAAGGUUUUUUUGGUUUUGUUUUUGUAAUUUAAUUUCUUAUUUUUAUAUUCAAUAGACCUUAGAUUUGUUUUAAAGGUUUUGAAGAGUCGCUCAAAACCUCUGCCAUUCUGAAGUCUGUAAAUGCAUUUAAUAUGUGCUGUGUGUUCGAGCUGUCAAAAAACAAACAACCAACUUUUGUAUAAUAAAUAUGUGAGAUAUA